GGGUAGCGACCGUCGCCAUGUUGGUAUAUCAACUCCAUACGUACAAUCAUUUCCCUCACACCUUGAGCUUCACUCCCGCGGUAAUGUACUCUGUCCAGAUAUUCUUACAUCCAUAGUAAACAUACUUGUGCGUUAAAGCCCUAACAACACAUGCUUUUGUGUGAAAAAUGAGGUACGCACAACUAGUAAUGGGACCAGCCGGUAGUGGCAAAUCCACAUACUGCAGCAUCAUGCAAGAACAUGCUGCUGUCUCCAGGAGACCAGUAUUGGUUAUAAAUUUGGAUCCUGCAGCAGAAUAUUUUGAUUAUGAACCUUUAGAAGAUAUAAGAGAAUUAAUACAUGUGGACGAUCCCAUGGAAGAUGAUGAACUUAGGUUUGGACCAAACGGUAGCCUUAUAUAUUGCAUGGAGUACUUAGUUGAAAGUAAAUGGCUGGAAGAGAAAUUAAGUGAAGUACAGGAAGAUUAUAUAAUAUUUGAUUGUCCAGGACAAAUUGAAUUAUAUACUCAUAUGACUGUAAUACGUAAAUUGAUAACCAUUCUACAGAAUUUAAAUUUCCAAAUAUGUGCAGUAUUUUUAAUUGAUAGCCAAUUUAUGGUGGAUGGAUCAAAGUUUCUGUCAGGAACCAUGGCUGCCCUUAGUGUAAUGAUAAACCUAGAGCUUCCACAUGUCAAUAUUCUUAGUAAAAUGGACUUGUUAUCAAAGAGUGCACGAAGACAAUUAGACAAGUAUUUAGAUCCUGAUCCAGAGGCAUUACUAGCAGAUAUGAAAAAAGAUUCUACAAACAAAAAAUAUCAUAAGCUCACAAAAGCUCUUGGUAGACUCAUAGAAGAUUACAGCUUGGUGCGAUUUCUGCCAUUAAAUAUUAAAAGUGAAAAUAGCAUUGCAGAUAUUAAGAUAACUAUCGAUAAUGUAUUACAAUAUGGUGAAGAUACAGAAGUUAGAGUUAGAGAUUUUGAUGAGCAAUGUUCAGAUGAUAAAGAUUAAAAUAAAUAAUAAUGAGACUAAGGUAAUAAUUAAAAGA